AUGGGUCGGCAAUUCCGUGCCCUGCGCGUCGCCGACGUCGUGCACCAGCACCUGUCGAGCAAAAUCAACAGCAACCACAGACCGGUGGCGCCGCCAUGGCUCAAGGCCGUCGAGAAGAUCCCGCCGGCCGAAGUGCUCACGCGCACCGUCCCUGUGGCCCUGCAGCCGCCCAACCCGCGCCUGCGCAAGCCGCGGCGGACGUACCGGCCACAAAACAUUACAUACGAGGAGGACGAGCUGCGACAGACCUUCUUCAAGGACCACCCGUGGGAGCUGGCGCGGCCGCGGGUUGUGCUGGAGACGGACGGCAAGGACGCACAGCGGUACGAUUGGAGCAAGGGACUCUACCAGGAUGGCCUGGCCCUGUGCGGGGAGUGCGUCGUUCAGCGGCAAAUGUGGCUGAUGAACUCGGGCAUGACCAAGGAGCAGGCCUACGACGUGGCACGGCGUGAAUUCUACGCGCUGCGGCACAGAGAAGAGGUUGAGCGCCGCGUAGCCAUGGAGGAGGCCCGCAUGAUGGGCGGCUACUUCAAGGGCUCGCUGCUGGUGGACAACAUGAGGCAAGAGGACCGUGUGUUCGAGUCUUGGAAGAGUUGGGCAAAGCGCAUGACAGCGAAGGCGGAGGCGACACGCGGCCAGGCGUACACAUCCUUCGGCGAGGAGACGCCGUUCGGUUCGGCGCCGACCGAGUCCGCGGACAGUGCACCAAUAUAA